AUGACGUCCAUUUACCACGGCAUCAGUCCCACGCCCUCAGCCAACGCCCUCUACUUUGCCAUAGCUUAUCUGCAGCGCUAUGCCGUUACCACGACCCUAAUGGAGCAUCACCCUGACCUCAUCUGCCUGACGUGCUGGCUCUUGGCCGUCAAGGCCUCCGAGGCCAAAGUGCCACUCCACUGCCUCGUUGCGGUGGCGCAGCGGCAACCGCACACACCAUUGGCUCAGCUCGCGGCCAAGGACGUGGAAGACCAAGUGCGUCAACUUGAGUCUUCACUUGCGCAAAAACUGAAUUACGAGUUUUACGUUUCCUUGCCCUCGCGUGCCAUGCGUGCCAUCCUGAUUGAGCUACAAGGCGUGACCGACCCUGCCCCGCCUGCGGUGGAUGAUGAGAAGAGCAUCAUGGCUGCCCUGCUCAACCUGUGGGCCAGCCCCGCUCAACUACAGAUGGCGCCGGUCCAGCUAUGCCUUGCAGCGUUGGGCCGCGUACGUGGAGUGGCUGCCGUCGCAGCGUAUCUGCAACGAGUCCAACCAGAAGCCAGCUCAGAGGCGCUGGCCCGGGCUGAAGCCAUUGCAAAAAAAGUUGAGGCAGCUGCAGGAACUCCGCCUCCUGAUUCAGACUUUAUGAGGUUGCUGGACAAGGUGGACAAGUGUCUCAACCCUUUCCUGGACCCUCGGACUCCCGAGUUUGCGACCCUUCAAAAGCUGAAGCGCGAGAAAGCGAAGCGUUCAGCUGAGGCGGCUGCCUGA